AUGUUACGAGUGCAUUAUUUCAAAAGUGAUGGUAGGCUUCUUUUUUUCCUUUUUUCUUUUCACUCUUUAUGCUCAUCUUCUUUUUCUUAUCAUUUUCAGUUUGCUCUUUUCCCCUCCUUUUCUUUUCCUCUUCAUCUUAUUUUUGACUUCAUCUUUUUUUCUCUGCUUAUACUUUUUUUUUCUCUCUCUCUCUCUUUACUCAUCUUUUUUCGAUUUUUACACAUCUGUUUUCUCUCUCUCUCUCUGCCUCUCUCUCUCUCUCUCUCUCUGCUCCUUUUUUUCACUCUCUCUGCUCCUUUUUCACUCUUUUUCUCUCUGCUCUUUUUUCCUCUCUGCUCCUUUUUCACUCUUUUUCUCUCUCUCUCUGCUCUUCUCUCUCUACUUUUCAUUUUCCCCCUUCUCUCUCCACUCUUCUCUUUUUUUCUCACUUUACUCUUGCAAAUUAAAAGUUUAGUAGUUGUUUGUUUAUUUUUUUCUUUCUUUCUCUUCCUUUUUUCAUUCUUUCUACCUUCUCCUCCUUUUUUUCAUUCGCUCUUCUUUCUCUUCCUUUUUUUUACAUUCGCUCUUCUUUCUCUUCCUUUUUUUUUUACAUUCUUUCUUUCUCUUCCAUUUUUACAUUCUUUCUUUCUUUCUCUUCCAUUUUUACAUUCUUUCUUCUCUCUCUCUUCCUUUUUUUCAUUCGCUCUUCUCUCUCUCUUCCUUUUUUUCAUUCGCUCUUCUCUCUCUCUCCUUCCUCUCUCCUGUCUCCUUCCUCUCUUCUCUCUCCUUCCUCUCUUCUCUUUUUUUCUCUCUCCUUCCUCUCUUCUCUUUUUUCUCUCUCCUUCCUCUCUUCUCUCUUUUUUUCUCUUUUUUCUCUUCUCUUUUUCUCUCUUUUUUCUUUUCUCUUUUUCUCUCUUUUCUUUCUCUCGUUUUAUUUCAGUUACUUCUUGUUUUAUUUAA